UUGCGUUAGCUGCUGCUGCUGCUGCUGUGUACGGCUUUGUUUUUUCCAAGGAUGAAAAUUGUGUGUAAAUUGCAAUAAUCGUAGAACAAGUCAGAGAGUGAGAAACAAUGAGUGAAAGGUAGUAAUCUCAUUAAAUAAACAAUUCUAUCGAAUUUGAUUUUUAUUUUGGUGUAUUUUUUUUAAAAAGAAAAUUUCGACACUCUUCUAUAGACGAGUGAGCAUUUUUUUUUCUUUUUCUGAUUGUUCAGUGUUGAUAUACAUAAAAACAAGAUCGCAAUAAAUAAUGUACAAACGAUACAAGUGUUCUUGAGACGAAAACUCAAGUGUUGUUGAUUUUUUUGUUUUUUCGGAACUACAGUGGAAGUUGUGUGUUUUUUUUUUUUGUUAUAAUACUUUAUUACACUCGUGUGUGAACCGAUGUUCAUGUCGUUGACUUGUGUGGAUUUUCAUUUGUAUUGAAUGAAACAAACUUUGUAUGUAUAUUGUUUCUUUUUUAAUCUCUUGGUGUCGUGUUUACUUCGGUUGAUUGAAAUUGUAAAUUUCCAUUAAUAUUGAAUAAGAUUAAACGCCGAAACACAUGGCACAAGUAUUUCACUAGAUGCUGGAGCAUAAGGGGAUUGAAUGUUUUGGGGUUCGACGUAAGGGUAAGGUCAGACAUUUGAAGGAAAAGGACAUCAACAAUUGCCGCCACGGCUUUCACAGAGAUGGUUGGACUCGCGGGCGGGGGUAGUCACCUUUACCCCUCGCCCCCGAUGCAAUCAAAUCCCGAAAUAAGAGAAAUGACGGGAAUGGUACCUAGUGCACCAACGAGUGCGGAUGCAUGUUUAAGUAUUGUGCAUUCGCUUAUGUGCCAUCGUCAAGGAGGUGAAAGUGAAACUUUCAGCAAAAGAGCUAUUGAAUCAUUGGUGAAAAAAUUAAAGGAAAAAAGAGAAGAGCUCGAUAGUUUGAUAACAGCAAUAACAACAAAUGGAGCACAUCCAAGUAAGUGUGUUACAAUUCAAAGAACUUUGGAUGGAAGAUUACAGGUGGCUGGACGUAAAGGAUUUCCCCAUGUGAUUUAUGCAAGAAUUUGGCGAUGGCCCGAUCUUCAUAAAAAUGAAUUGAAACAUGUGAAAUACUGCCAAUUUGCUUUUGAUCUCAAAUGUGAUUCUGUUUGUGUGAAUCCUUAUCAUUAUGAAAGAGUCGUCUCACCCGGGAUAGACCCGUUCUUUACAGACCUGUCAGGAUUGACACUACAAUCGGGCGUUGGAGUUGGACCUGCGGGACGUUUAGUCAAAGACGAAUAUACAGUUGGUGGAGGAACUGGAGCAGCAGUAACUGGUGUUGGUGCAAGUUCAGGAAUGGAAGUUGAUGGCGAAAUGAAUCAAACGAUUCAACAUCAUCCACCAACACAACCGCCAGCAACAAAUAAUCCACAACCACAACAACCAUUUAUGCCCGGUCAUUCAACACAAAAUCCAGCCAAUGGGGAGGGAAUGUUUAGUGGAGGCGGGGGAGUUAAUGGUAAUAAUCCACACAACAAAUUGGAAGAGAAUAAUUGCCCCCGACAGACAUGGAUUCCCACGCCUCAUCACUCUUCAACGCGAAACAUACAUCAUUCUGUAGUACAUACGAUGGGUCAUUCAGUUGGUAACCAACAACAACAACAACAACAACAACCAUUAAAUACACCAAGUGCUAAUGCAAGUGGACAAAUUUUAAAUUCCAAUCAGGGACAGUCUGCUGAACCUUUUUAUGGAACUACAACACCACCUCAGGAUCUUAAUCAACCUCAACCAGCUGUUGAUCCAUUGGCAGCAACUUUAAGUGGUAGUCAAGGUUCUCCAGUUUCACCGGUGCAUUUACAUCAUCAAAAUGGUUUUCCUGUGGCGGCUGUAACGAAUCCUUACAAUACUGGUGCGCCACAAUGGACUGGUGCGAAUACUUUAACUUAUACACAAAGUAUGCAACCUCCCGAUCAUCGGCAUCUUCAUACAACAUCGUAUUGGGGUGCACACGGUGGUGAAGUGGGAGGAAAUUUACUCUCAAGUCAACCAGCUCCGGAAUAUUGGUGCUCUGUUGGUUAUUUUGAAUUAGACACUCAAGUAGGAGAAACUUUUAAAGUAAGCAGUAGUUGUCCCACUGUUACUGUUGACGGCUAUGUUGAUCCCAGUGGUGGUAAUAGAUUUUGCCUUGGUGCACUCAGUAAUGUACAUCGUACAGAGCAAAGCGAAAAAGCUCGUCUUCACAUUGGAAAAGGAGUGGUUUUGGAUUUAAGAGGCGAAGGCGAUGUUUGGCUAAAAUGUCAAAGUGAGCACAGUGUCUUUGUUCAGUCUUAUUAUUUGGACAGAGAAGCUGGACGUGCGCCUGGCGAUGCUGUUCAUAAAAUCUAUCCAACUGCGUAUAUUAAAGUUUUUGAUUUGAGGCAAUGUCAUAAACAAAUGAGAGGACAAGCGGCCACUGCACAAGCAGCGGCAGCGGCUCAAGCGGCAGCAGUUGCUGGACAUCUUACUCAUGGAGCGCCAAUUACUAAAAGUCUAAGUGCGGCUGCUGGUAUUGGAGUUGACGAUCUUCGACGACUUUGCAUAUUACGAUUAAGUUUUGUCAAAGGAUGGGGACCAGAUUAUCCAAGACAAAGUAUAAAAGAGACACCAUGUUGGAUAGAGGUGCAUCUUCAUCGAGCGCUUCAACUUCUUGACGAGGUUCUUCACACAAUGCCAAUCGAUGGACCUCGAGGCAUCGAAUAAUUUGAAUAUUGAUAACAUUUUUUAUCAAUUUAUAUAUUGAAUGGAAAAAAAAACAUUAUUUCAUGUGUCCAAAAAAUAGAAAUCCAAUUAAUAAUAUAGUGAUAACAUCACUCAAGACACUCCAAUAAAUAAUCGGAAAUCACUCAAUAAUAGAAAAUUAUAUUUCGUGCACAGCAUUAUGGAAAGAAGAAGAAGAAGAAAACAAUGGUAAGCGAUAGUUUUGUAUUAUAUAUUAAUCCAGCGAUUACUUAUAUAACACGACAUUGUUAUUUGCUACGAAUUUUGUUCUUUUUUUUUUUAAAUAGAGUCAAGAAUUUUUAUAAUCAAUUAAUAAAAAUGACACAAACGAAUGUUUUUUUUAAGUGAAAGUGAGAAAAAUAGAGAUGAACAUUUUCGAAAAACGAAAGAAUGACGAAAAAAUAAGUUUGUCCCCUUUUUCAAAUAUUUAGUGAUUUAUUUUAAAGAAUUCGUAAUAUUAAUUGAUUUAUUUCUAUUAUGAUUGCAAAAAAAAAAAAAAAAAUGUUUUUAUAUUCAAUAUUAUUAGAAUGAUAAUUAUUAUUUUUUUUUUUUAUUAUUGUCAUUAUUAUUGUUGUUGGAGAAGAGGCUAAAAAUGUUUCUCAAGGUACAAAGUUCUUUUUUGUAAAAAAAAAAAAAAAAAAAAAGAAGGAAAGGAAAGAAAGAAAAAAAUUAUGAAUUAUUGCUUCUUCUCCAAUUCGUCAGUGUUGCUAUUAUGACGUAGAAACUUGUUGAAUACUUAUAUCUAAUAUUUAAGAAACAUUUUAUUAUUAUUAUUAUUACGUAUUUGUGCGAAUAUUCAUAAAAAAAUUAUAUAUAUAGAUAGAUAGAUAUAUAUUAUAUAAAUAUUUAAAUCUGUAUAUGUUUGACAAUAUUGUCAAGAGGUUUAAAGAGUUAACCAAAUAUUAUUAUUGUUCAAUGGCAAUAUUGAUAAAACAAAAUAUUAAGUUCGACAUUUGUAUUUUUUUUUUUUAUUUUUUUUUUUUACUUUUUAAACCACUUGUUCAAAUUUUAGAAAAAGAAACAACCAAUCGUGUGUAAAACAUUUAUUUAAUCUUGAAAUUUUUUUUUUCUGAUUUUUGUUUAUUAGAUUUUCCCUAAAGUUAAAAGCAUCCUUGUUAGCAGUUUAGUAAAAAAAUUUCUCCCGAAAAUGAUAUUUUAUCGAAAAUGUUCACAAAUUAAUUGAUUAGUGUUUUUCGUCAGAAAUACCAAUUUUUUUUUCUUUUUGCAAAAUAAGUACGAAAGAAAUAUUAAAUAAAUAAAAUGGAAGACAAAUUAAUGUAAGUAAAAAAGUGUUAUGCCUUCAAGAAAAAAAAAAUGAAUGUCACACUGCCUGUACGAGAAAAAAUAAUACAAAUUCUAUGAAAUUAACAAAUAGACAAAAAAAAACAAACAAACAAA